CCAGGGGGGGUCAGUCUGCAAAGCAGAGCGGGCUCAGUUAGAGUGUCCCCCUCGGAUUUAGUGUGACAAAUUGCACAGCAGUCUCUCACCUAUGGGCUGGCUCUUCCCGACGCAAUGACUUGACAAGACAAGAGUUUUGAUAUCAGCAGAAGGCCUGAAGAAUAUUGCAACCAUGCUAAGAAGAUUGUGCAAUAUGAGAUCAUCCAGUAUCAGAAAGAGUUACAAGCAAACUUUAUAUUGAAAGAACGCAUUUUUGUUCUACAAUGAUGUUCCACUUUCUGACAGCAGACUGAUAAAAGUCAUACAGCUGCUGCAUUUUUCAUAACCACCAUGUCUUAUAAAACUAGUUCAAGUUUAACUGGAGCACAUGGCAAAGAAGUUUUCUUAGAUUUACAGACCGCAAAAUUUGAAAAUCUCUGCCAUGGUCCCAGAUCGAUACAAGGCCUUUCAAAUGUUGCAGACAAUCUCGAUAUCCCUUUAGGACCAUCCUCGCCAAUCGUACAUCUGAGGUCACUGCUGCAUAACAAAAAUCUGUUGAAAUAUAUGAAUGAUGAUCGACUCAAGCAGUCACCUUUCUGUGAUUUAAUUAUCAUGGUAGAAGGAAAGCAUUUUUGUGCCCAUAAGGUGGUUGUUGCAGUGGGUAGCAGUUAUUUCCAUGCUUGUUUAAGCAAAAACCCAAACACGGAUAGCAUCCAAUUGGACCAUGUAAGUUACUAUGUUUUCCAUCAUUUGUUGGAAUUUCUGUACACGUCUGAAUUCUUUAUACAGGAAAAUGACAUCCCUUCAGUUUUGGAAGCGGCGCAGUUUCUAGACAUUAUAGAUGCAGUUAAAUUGUUGACUGGUAAUGAAAAUAUGUCUAGGUCAACCCAAACAGAAUUGUUUACUGAAAAUGACCAGUGUUUGGAAGAAAAGAAUUCUCUUGAACCUACUGCCAAAUUACAAAAUGUAUGCACAUUCUGCAGUAAAAGUUUCUGUUAUAAAAAAUCCCUAGAAAACCAUAUAGCUAAAGCACAUGGUGCCAAUUCUGUCGUGCAAGAAGAAAGUGCUGACAUCGCAACAAUUGAACUUUGUACAAGGAGGUGGUCAACUCGUACUCGCAAGUGUCCAGCAAAGUUUGAGAGUAAAAGUAAUGAUGAAAACACAGAUGUGUCUGAAGAUGAAUAUUCCAGUAAACUUGGUGAUGACACACACAAGCAUGAUGAUUAUGAAGGUAUAGAAAGUGACGAUGAAAUAGAAAGAGUUGAAGUAAAGUUUGAAGAAGAAAUAGAAAAGGAGGAAGAAAUUGAAAGGGAGGAUGAGAAUGAUGAAGAAACUGAUGAAGAUGAGGCUCUCGAUGCAGAAGAAAUUGAGCAAAAUGUUCCUAAGGGACUAGAUCCAGUCAUUUCGCAGACUGGGAACAAGAAAACACUCCAGUGUCCUAAAUGUGAUAAAAGUUUUGAUCGAAUAGGAAAAUAUGAAUGCCAUACUCGUGUGCAUACAGGGGAAAAACCUUUUGAAUGUGAUAUUUGUAAUCAGUAUUACUCCACCAAAUCCAACUUGACUGCUCACAGAAAGAAGCAUAAUGCACAAACUGCUAUUCAAAGAAAAGAACAAAAAUGCCCAUUCUGUAACAAGCUACAUGCAAGCAAAAAAACAUUAGCAAAGCAUGUGAGGAGAUUCCAUCCUGCUAAUAUACAAGAGUUUUUUGCUGUCAAAAAGAAGAAGAGUGAAGCCUGGAAGUGUGAAGUAUGUAACAAAACCUUCACACGGAGACCUCAUCUUGAGGAGCACAUGAUCCUUCACACACAGGAUAAACCAUUCAAAUGUAGUUACUGUGAGGAACAUUUCAAAUCAAGAUUUGCAAGACUGAAACAUCAGGAAAAAUUUCAUCUGGGGCCUUUUCCAUGUGAUAUUUGUGGUCGCCAGUUUAAUGAUACUGGGAACCUUAAGCGUCAUAUUGAAUGCACUCAUGGAGGAAAAAGAAAGUGGACUUGUUUUAUUUGUGGGAAAUCUGUAAGGGAAAGAACUACAUUAAAAGAGCAUCUUCGGAUCCAUAGUGGGGAAAAGCCACAUCUGUGCAGCAUUUGUGGACAGAGCUUCCGGCAUGGUAGUUCGUACAGACUACAUCUCCGGGUGCACCAUGAUGACAAGCGCUAUGAAUGUGAAGAAUGUGGGAAAACCUUUAUUCGCCAUGACCAUCUCACAAAACACCGAAAAACCCAUUCAGGAGAAAAAGCUCAUCAGUGUGAAGAAUGUGGAAAGUGUUUUGGCCGUCGGGAUCAUCUCAGUGUUCACUAUAGAAGUGUCCAUUUGGGAGAAAAAGUCUGGCAGAAGUACAAAGCUACUCUUCACCAAUGUGGAGUAUGCAAAAAAGAAUUCAAAGGGAAGUCGAGCUUGGAUAUGCAUUUUAGGACACAUUCAGGUGAAAAACCCUAUAAAUGCCAAGUUUGUAACCAAGCGUUUCGAAUUAAGAAGACUUUAACAAAACACAUGGUUAUUCAUUCUGAUGCCCGUCCCUUCAACUGUCAUCAUUGCAAUGCAACGUUCAAACGGAAAGACAAGCUAAAAUAUCAUAUGGAUCAUGUUCAUGGCACCAAGUCUCCAGAACAGUCAAUUGUGGCUGCUUCUGAAAUGAAAAUGGUAUCCCAGCAAUUGCUGUAUGCACAAGAUGGCAAAAUGUACCAAACAGAUGCAAAAUCGUAUUUGGAUCAAAAUAAGGUUUACCAAGGCGAUGGCAAAACAGCAAUUCAGAACGUUCAUGGAGAUGUAACACUUGUACCAGUACGGAUUGCUGAUAGUACUGUUCAAUCUGAAGCAACCCAACAUCCUGCAACUUUAGCUUCACAACCUCACACCCUCCUUCACUCCCAACAGCCUCAUCAGCAGACUGAUUAUCAAAGAGCUACAGACCUUUCAUUUCUGGAGAAGUACACUCUUACAUCACAACCAGCUAAUAUUGUGCAUCCAGUUCGUGAUCAGAUGUUAGAUCCGAGAGAGCAAUCAUAUCUCGGAACUUUACUUGGACUUGACACGGGUACAUCAGUACAAAGUAUUUCCAAUGCAGACCAUUAAUUGCAAUGAACAGUUCACCCUCUGUAGACUCAUUGUUUUAUCCAGAAAAGUAAAAAAUGAACUUUUAAGUCAAAUCUGAUUUGAUAUCGAUUACAAAUUAUGUAGUAAAUUGGUAUGAUUUCCCUCAAUUAUCCUUGUUUUGGUAUCGGGUAUGUUAUAAUAAUGUAUUUUAAAAAGGAGGUAUUUGUCAUCUUUACGUUUACCUCUAGUCCUUCCAAUCUGAUUUCUGAGUGACAGUCAAGGCUUGGUAUUGUAUAUAACUGAAAUUAUGCUUCAGCACUGGUUUUAAGAGGACUUAAAUAAUUUUAAACAUUAACAUAUUCAAAAAUCCAAAGAUUAAUAUUGAAGAUUAAUAUUAAACUGAUCAUAUUUAUUGUUUGACCAUAAUGUCUUCAUUUUUGGAAGAUGAAAAGAUGGCUCAGCUUUAGGCCUAGUCAUCCUUAUUGUUUAAUGAAGGUUAUAUUCUACAUAAUAAUAAGUUAAAAAAGCAGUUUGAAAAAUCUGAAGGAUGCCUGAUUCUUUAAGUAACAUUUUAGUAAGAACCUGGGUUUCCCAAAUUUGACUUGUGGAAACAUCUUGCCAUCAGACUUGGUAAUAGCAAGAUCCCAUUCCCUCAGCCCCAUUGAAAGGAAAGUAGAAACCUUCUUUUACACUGAAAUGUUACGGGAAACAUAUACCAUUCGAAAUGUCAUCUUUUCCAUUAUGAGAAACUCCUAGAUAGCAAAAAAUCCUGAAAACCGGGAAUAAGAAAUCUUAAUGUUAAACCAGUUGGUAAAUGAAAAUAAAAUAUACCAUGUGAUGCUUCUAAAGAUGGGCUUUCACAAGGAAAAACUAAUCUGAAAUAUAGAUUAGCAGAGAAGGAAAUGUGUAGAGGCAUGAAGCACAGUAUUGAUUCAAAUCUUUAAUUUGAAGAAUUACAACUAUCGCAUCAAAAUGGUGGAAAAUCCACCCUUUUGAUUUUACUUCACACAUCAUGAAUACAAGGUCCUUUCAACCUGCAGAGUUGAGGGUAGUUCUACAAAAUUUAUAUGCCUACCUUGGGUAACUACUCAAACUGAAAUCAGCUAUAAUAGAGCACUCAGCAAACAGCUGCAUAAGAAACCAUUUGUCCUUUAAUUAUUGGUCAAAGUUGCUCAUAUUUUCAGAUAGUAUUGAAGUUUCUCACUGAAAUCCUUCUAAUUAGCUUCUAGAUUAUGAAAGGGCCACUGAUCAAUACAAGUUGCUUGCAUUCUACAUGUCAGAUGAGUAUUGAAAUGACAGUUGGAAGGGAGGAGGGAAAGGAAAAAAUAUGUUGGGUGUGUUCUACAAUGUAGGUAUUUUAAAUAUUUUUAACACUUGGAUAGGAGUAUUUUAUAUUAAAAAGUAUUCCUUAGUAUAUUUACAUUCUUUAAGAGAAUAUAAUUGUCCUACGAAUGCUGUGUAUUUAACUUUGGAUAACUUUUCUCGGCAACUAAUUUUGAAAGUAACUUUCCUGGGUUUCAUUAACACACCUAAAUCAUCUACACCUCUACACUAAAGUCAGUUAAGUGGAAACUUGAUGAAGUCCGUCGAGGAUAUUGCCCGGAGAAUGUAAUGUUUGUUCCUUGGUAUAAAGUGGGUUUGGUUUGUUUCAGAAUUAUUCCCUCUUCCUAGCCUAUUCUGAAUUUCAAUAUUUCAGCAGAUGAACAACUGCUUUUUUAAAAAUGUUAAUUUAAAUCAGUCAAUUAAUGCACUGCUAAGCAUGUAUUAUAUACUUUAGUUCCUUUCCCAAACUUCAGAGGGGUGACACCAGAGACACCUACUGCCUGAAUAGCUUGCGAAAGUUAGAUGAGAUUAUGUGGAGAAUUCAAAAAUAGAGAAAAUAAGAGUUUAACAAAUUUUCAGGAAAAACAUUAGAUUUGUUUUUCAUAUAGUACCUAGCUUGCCAACAGCAGGAAAAUAGAAACUCGACUGACACACAGACACAAUGCAUUUAAACACAGUGAAGGAAAAUCAAGGAUCUUGAUACUUAAAAUGUCUUAAAAACACAGGCAUCCUGAGUUUCUCCAAUUGAAAAACUUACUAGACUAAGUGAAUUUUAUAUAUAAAUAGAUUGUAAGUCAUAGCUUAUUGUUGAAUUGAACUGAAUCUAACAAACCUCUAAAGUAUAAAACUAAUACAAUGUUUUAAAUUUCCUUGCUAAAUAAAGAUUUAAAAGAAAAGUCAAAUGAGGAAAUAAAGUGAAAACUAUUGUGGGAGCAAAAUUGUCAUAAUAAAGCAUAUGCGCAUGCACCGUGCACUUUAGUAAAAUACCAAAAGUUUGAAACUAUCUGAAUAAAAUCAUGUGUAUGUAAGAUAUACUUGAAAAUUAAUGGCCAGGAUUUUUCGGGCAGUAGCAGUGCUUGCUGCUGACGUUGAACAGAUUUCAGCAUGAACCUACCAUGGUCCCAGUGACAAGAAUUUCAGCUGUCUUGAGGAAGGUUUCUCUCUCAACGUGGGUUGCAGUGAAGCCCAGCAGCGCAGGCUAAUUUGGGUGAAAGCAACAGGCAAUUGUAGGAUUGGUUAACAGUCACUGCAUCACCAAAACUGUAAAAAGUCUGAUAAAUCAUGGUAAAAAAGACAUAGGUUUUACUUUUGAAAAGGUUUCAUGUUCAGAAUGUUUCCAUUUUAGUUUAUUAAGUAUUUGCACAUUGAGAUGAGGCUGCUCAUCCAUCAAAGUACUAGUAUAAAAUUUUAAAGUAUAAUUAAUUAAUGAGUUGGCAAUUAGCCCAAAUUCACUCUGGUUCCUUACUUGGUGCUUGAAGUAGCCAACCCUUGAGAGUAGUAGUUUAGUGCACUCUAGUUUACAUGUGCACUUCAUAAGUUAGCGGCCUCUCCAAUGCCCAGUGGCGACGAAGCUGAACGCUUUGCUGCUACUGGCACUGCAAAAUCCCACCCAAAUGUUAAUUACACUGCAUUUUUACAAGUAAAUGUCAUUUGCAAGUAAUUUUUACAAGUUAAAAUUUACAAGAAGCUGAGGUCAAUCAUGGCGUUUGUUAGGAAUGCUGGCAGGAAAGAUUUUAUAAAGAGUCCAUUUUAUGUUUAGGACUCUAUUUUGUGUACUUCUAACAAGAGUUUUUAUAAUGAGACCCACUGGAGUGCUGAGCUAAUGUAAGUUGGUGUAAAGCUAAGAAUGAAGUUCAUGGAGGAGGUAUGGUAUAAGGGUCUUUUAGCUGAGUUUAAAAAGCCAAGACCAUUGUAAGGAAGAGAUAUGGGAAAGGUAUGGGUUUAAUUUCCCUGUGAUCAAACUCAGCGACUGUAACGUGAGGUGUCCUGCAAAAUUUGCAUCAUUGUAUGUGUUGGCUGUGGAUAUUGUUCCCUCUAAUAAAUUCAAUCAACGAA